AUGUUUCAUCUUGCUUCGUCUCUAUAUACUCAGUAUACUAAGCAAGAGCAAUACAAUGUGCUUAUUCUUGGAUUAGACAAUGCUGGUAAGACUACGUUUUUAGAACAUAUUAAAUUGCUAUACCUGUCACCAAAUGAAGCAACAAAGAAAAGGCACCAUGAGAAUACCGACGGAAGGAGUACUUCAGAUAUCUUAAAAGGGAAAAGAAUACUCCCAACUGUAGGACAGAAUACUACUACCAUCAAAUUUGAACCAUCCCCUGAAUCUCAAUUGCCGUCACAAUUUAACAACAUAAAUUUAAAAUUUUGGGACCUAGGAGGGCAAAGAUCUUUAAGAAACUUGUGGUCUCGCUACUAUAGAUCUUGCCAUGGCAUAAUAUUUAUAAUUGACUCCACGGAUACUGAUAGAUUCCAAGAAUGCUACGAUACUUUACGAGAAAUUGCCCAUGAUGACUCGUGGUAUGAUAAUAUUACUAGCAACGAAACAGUUAGUGUGCCUAUUCUAAUGUUGGCUAAUAAACAGGACCUUCCCGAGGCAGUAGACCUCGUGUCAUUGAAAACUGGUGUCUUCAUAGAUCUUGUAAGCGAAUUGGAGGCCACAGACUCGAAGUUAUUGCCGGUAUCAGUAUUGGAAAAUCAAGGCUUAAGAGAGAGCCUUGAAUGGCUUGUUACUAGACUCGUAUAUAACAAGAGUAACAAGAUGCCAGACUACAAGUAA